AUGGAUUCAUCGCCAUCGAUUGCGAGUCACACGACAUCGUACGCGGCGAACUUUGAAAAGUUGGAAGGCUCAUCCAACUUCCAUACUUGGAAAUUUUCCAUCAAAAAUAUUUUAAUACUUGAAGGAUUGUGGGGCGUCAUUGAGGGACAGGACAACGACGUGGUACGCCAACAGCGCGCACUUGCACGUAUCUGUUUGUCUGUGAAGAAGGAAUUAUAUCAAUAUGUACGAAACGCAAAAUCGGCAGCCGCAGCUUGGAAUAAUCUCUCCGAGGUAUUUGAAGAUAGGAGCUUAUAUAGACGUGUUUUGCUGUUAAGGAAGUUGCAUCGUGUUGACUUUACUGUCUAUAGUUCUAUGAAUGCAUAUAUUGAAGAUGUCACCACACUAGUUCAGCAACUCCAUGACAUCGGGAGAAUAGUAGAAGAUGCUGAAAUUGCUGAAAUACUCCUUAGUGGAUUACCAUCACAAUAUGACACUCUUGUAUCAGGUCUAUCAACGGCAACAGUGACAAAUCAAGUAACAAGUGAACUUGUCAAAGCUCGUCUACUUCAGGAAUAUUCAAGGAAGACUUCAUUGGAAGACACUGCUGUUUUCGUAACGAAGAAAGCAGCUCCUUUAUUUUGUGAAUUCUGUAAGAAGAAAAACCACAGAAAAUCUCAGUGUUUCAAGUUGAAGCGAAUGAAGAAAUAUCCAAGGUCUGCUGGCACAGAGACAACUAGUCUAGCAUCUGCGUUAAUAGCUCAUUUGCCUUCACAAGUUUUUAUUCUUGACAGUGGCGCUAGUAGUCACAUGGAUGAAGACCUAAAAAGCUGUAUGCCUUGCCUUGAGGGGAAGAUGUCGGCCGCGUCUUAUCCCAGAGGCCAGGCAACACGAGCUAACCAACCACUGGAACUUAUACAUAGCGACGUCUGUGGGCCAAUGCAGGAGCCAAGCUGGGGAGGGGCGAGAUACCUAGUCACAUUCACAGAUGACUACUCAAGAAAGACCUUCGGUUAUUUAAUGAAGCAAAAAUCUGAGGUAAUGUCAAAUUUCACUACUUUUAAAGCAUAUGUUGUAAAACAAUUAGGGCUAUCAAUUAAAGUUCUGAGGUCCGACAACGGUGGUGAAUAUAUAAAUAAAAAUUUCUCUGAUUAUUUAAAAAGGGAAGGAAUCGUACAUCAAAGUACAGUCCCUUACUGUCCACAGCAAAACGGGGUCAGCGAACGCCUUAAUAGGGUGUUGCUUGACAAGGUCAGAUGUAUGCUUAGUGAGUCGGGUCUCUGCCAGCGUUAUUGGGGAGAAGCAGUAAUGACUGCUAUAUAUUUAAAAAAUAGGUCCCCUACUACUGCUUUAGCAGGACGUAUGCCUGAGGAGGUAUGGACAGGGUCCAAGGUAGACCUCAGCCAUCUCCGGGUAUUUGGCUGUAUUGCAUACUGUCUGAUCCCAUCACAGAAACGUCGCAAGUUAGAUGCCAAAGGAAAAUUGGUAAUCUUUGUUGGUUAUAGUGAGUGUGACUUUUAUAGAGAAUAA